CGAGAGUCAUAAAUCGUUCACUCUCUCCUCCUAUCGCUAUAUAUCUGUAUUUUCUUCUCCUUUGGAAUAUUCAAAAAGUAUUCUUUUUCUCUUCUGGUCUGGUUCUCUGCCUCCAAAUUACAUACCCACAAUUUUCCUCUUAUCUUUUUCUUUCCCGGAAAAUUUUCUGGGUCAUUAAUUGUUUUUUUAUCUAAGGAUCCGCAUAUCUCGGGGUAAACUAAGCUGCUCACCCGCAUCAAAAUUAUUUCUUUUUUCUUUCUUCGCUGUUGUCUGGUUUUUCCUUUGGUUUCUUUCGAGCCAAACACUUUAAAGGAAGCAGCUUUGACGUUAAAUGAAGGAGAAAUACAAAAAGAGAGAGGACUAAAUCCGUGAUCUGCCUUUGUAGUUUGAGGUGGUUAAUAUUUGACCACUUUGAGCUAGGAAACGGUUUUUGCUGAGUAAACAGAAGGAAAACUUUUGGUGGUGGGUGUAAACUAAAUUAAGGAUCUCAUGGCAGAAUUUGGAGGGAAAUGGAGGGGCUUCAGAUCGGUUUUAAUGGUGUCAUUCAAUUUUUUGAUAGCUUUCAUGCUUGUUUCAGCCGAUAGAGGCUUGAAACGUGAAAUUUCAAGUGUGCCUAUAACAGAAGACGCGAGUCUAUCAAGUUAUUUUGUCAAAGCUGUAAAUUUCUUAUGGCAGCCUGAUCAAUCAGGCUAUCAACAUGUUUGGCCGGAAAUGAAAUUUGGUUGGCAAAUUGUGUUGGGUACUAUUAUUGGAUUCUUUGGAGCAGCGUUUGGGAGCGUAGGUGGUGUUGGCGGA